AGCCAAUAGCAACACGAUAGACAUCCCACCCGACCAGCGCACAUCUCACCUCCAUCCUCCCCGUCACAUGACCCUUUUCACUGUGUAGGCCAUAUUUGACAGUGCCACUAGUUUAGUGAAGUGAGUGUGUGAAGAUUGUUCUUCUUCACUGACCUGUGUUUAAUAACCUGUAAAUACUCUAAAAACUAAACUCGCCAACAUGAGUGCACUAACGGAAUCAGCUCCCGUCUACGGGCCAUUCUUUGGAGUUAUGGGUGCCGCCUCGGCUAUCAUCUUUUCCGCUCUUGGAGCGGCGUAUGGUACCGCAAAAUCCGGAACUGGUAUUGCAGCCAUGUCCGUCAUGAGGCCCGAGCUGAUCAUGAAAUCCAUCAUUCCUGUUGUCAUGGCGGGUAUUAUAGCCAUUUACGGUCUCGUGGUGGCGAUUCUUAUCGUGGGGUCGGUGGAGGCGGCUCCAACCUACACUCUUUACAGAGGAUUUGUUCACCUCGGCGCUGGACUUGCCGUAGGAUUUUCCGGGCUAGCUGCAGGUUUUGCAAUUGGAAUAGUGGGUGACGCUGGUGUAAGAGGAACGGCCCAACAACCGCGUCUGUUCGUCGGUAUGAUCUUGAUCCUUAUUUUCGCCGAAGUAUUGGGUCUCUACGGUUUGAUCGUCGCCAUCUUCCUCUUCACCAAGCCGUGAAGUGGUACUACAAACGGGACUAAUUCACGCGGGAAUAUUUUUCUCCCCCCUAAUGAUAAGGCCAUCGAAAAAAUAAACAACUACAACAUCGAUAACGAGAUCAACAUGAACAACUCACUUUAUCACAUUCGCAAUUAUUAUCAAAAUCUAAUUCAUACCCCGACGACCGUCGCUAUCUCAUUGAAAAAAAUCAUCAAAGAUACAAAUGAUGUUGAUGAUAAUAAAAAGAACAAUGAAAAAAAAACGACGCUGUUUCACAUCUGUGAACAACUAGUUGCACUGAUUCGAAUGUAUUAGUGCAUGUGACAGCGGUUUAUUGAUAUAAUUUCAUUUGUUUUUUCUUCUUUUUUUUCAAUUUACGUAGCUGAAAGACGAUGUAUCGCAACGAAAGAUAAAGGUAUUCUGAUGAUAAAUAUUGAAUAAACGGAUAAUGAAUUGAAUAAUAAAAAGUGAUAAGAAUGCGAGCUGCACAAAUAUAAUUUAUAAUAAGAACAUAUAAAAUAUAUAAUAACGCACCGCUCCAACAGCCGACGAAAAAAAAUCAUAAUCAUGUUGAUAAUAAUUUACCGCUAGAAAAUUCUAUUUCAUCCACUGCGAAUUAGAAAAAAUAAUAAAUUUGUAACUAAGGGGGAGGAAUAUUUUCCAAAGUGUCAGUCGCAAAUUCAGACACGCAUCAUAUCAUUUAAUUAAAAAUCGUCAUCGUCGCACCAAUCACCUUCGCAAAGGUCACCGCCACCAAACACACCAACCACAAAAUCAAAUAAAAAUAUUAACGUAUUUGGAAAAAAAGAAAACCAUCAUCGCAUCACUGCGGAUCGUCAAAAAAGAAAAAAAUGAAUUGAUAAGAAAUUUAUUUUCUUCAACUUAACGAAUUAUACAUCUACUAUCCUAUAUAAUCAGCCAACUAUUACUUGUACUGCUCUAAUAUCGCUACAUAUUAUCGUAGCGUAUGUUACAUUGAAUCUUCAUUGCAUAUUUUCUGUUGGUGCAUACCAUGUAGACGUUUUCCUGAUGAUUCUCCCUUAGUGUACCACGCGACAUCUUUCAAAAAAAUUAAAAUUUUGAGAAAUGAACCGAAUGCAUACAAGAAAAAAAUCAUCACGAAGUAACGCACGCGUAUACGAUUAAACGGAAAACAAAGGUGUAUAAAUCAGGUAUCCAGGCCUCUCCCUUUACCUCAACACCAUCAACAAGUGAAUGCAUGCGGACACAACUAAAAUUUAUACUAAUCUAAACGAAGCGAUAUCAUACAAAAAAUAGUAACAAUCACACACAACGGCAGCACAGAACGUUCAUCUUUUAUUAUGCACCAUCGAUGAUAUUGUUGCGUCGGCAGUGACAGCAGCAAAGUCAGCAGCAGUAGUAAUAAUAGCAGACAUCACAAGUUCAGGAGUGUGUGAAAACCAAAAAGAAUGGAAAAAAAAACAAACUUACGAAAAUACUAAGGGCGAUUGUAUGUGGAUGUGCAUAUGUAUGUCUAUAUUAUAAAUGUAUGGAUCUAUUGGUUGUGUUGUGAAUAACAUCUAUUAUUAUAUUGUCAAGAUUCAGGAAGAAUGAAUAAAAAAUCAAAUCUAACGGGGAGCAAAAGUAAUUAUGCAAUUUGAUGGUGGGGUAAUAUUGUUAUAAUUAUUGUCUAUACUAUCAUUGCUACUGUGUUGUUAUUAUUAUAAUAUUAACAUCAUUAUUACUGAAUGGCGGACAUUUCGAUGAUUGGUUGAGUUAUCAAUUGAAGACGAUCGAUUAGAAAAAAUGGGGGGAGGGGAACAAUGAAAAAAAUUAUACUAGGAAUCACAGAACACCACUAAUUUAACCGCGAGAUUUGUCUCUUUCAUUUUGUAUAGUACAUACUGUCAAAUCAAUCGGUCGAUCAUUUUUAGCAUUUAGUUUUAACAUUGAAUUAUUAAUUAAAUUAAUUGGCUCCAACGAGUGUAAAUUAUAGAGAAUCAUAUGAUUAUUAUAAUAAAACGGCAAAAAAAAAAAAAUUAAAAUAAAGAAAAUAGAAAAAAAAGAAAAAAUAAACAAUCACAUACAUAUGAUAAAAACUGUAAAUGCACAAUUAUAUUUUUAAACAAACGAAAUGUCAUCAGCACGUUUGUCGUGAUGAUUUUUGUUAUUUCUUUUUUUUUUUUUUCGUUUGUUGAGUACAGUAGAGCAAAGGAAGAAGGAAGAGAAGUUUACGAAACGUAAUUAUCGAAAGUAAAGAGAGGAGAGGGAAUGAGCGGAUUCGAUAAAGAUGGAAGUUUUUAAAAAUUUUAUUCUUUCGUCGUAUUUUCUGUGUAUAUCUGUAACAAAUAGAAAAAAGAAUUAAUUUAAACAACAAUAACUGAAAUAAUUAAAUGAAUUAACGAUGUCGAUUUAACAAAAUUUGUACACAACGACGACGAUGGCGGAAAGAGAGAAACAACUAAUUACAGGAGACGGAUUACGUGGAAGAAAAUACAUAUAGUAGAAUUGAUGAAGAAAAAUUAUAUAUAUAUUGCUGAUGAAUAUAAAGAGAAGAAGAAGAAGAAGUAAAGAAGAAUAUAAAGUAGAAGAGGCAGACAGACAUUUACAACGUAGACGCGCGAAUGUUACAAAACAAAAAAAUAGAUAGUGGAGAUGAAAUACGCGAUAGUAUUAUAAGAGGUCAAACAUAAAAAAUAUAUGUAUAGCAAAAUAUAUUUAUCGAUAACACCCGCGGGUUAGGCUAGUAGCGGGUGAGGGGGGUAGGAAGAAGCGGAAGACGGAUGUUUGAAAUCUAAAAAAAUUGUCGUUUAGGCCAACGACAAAAUACGUAGCCGUUUUUCAUAUUUUUUUUUCUUCGGGAUGACCGGCUCCGAUUUCACUUCCAUUUCUAUUGCCACUGCCGCGUAUGACAUGCAUUGCAUUAUUACAUUAAUCGCGCGGGUGUACGCGGUGAAAAUAUAUGUACCAACUCAUUGCUAACGUAAUACCAGGAGUUAAUGAAAAAUAUAUUUAAGAAAAAAAAAAAAAUUUUAAAAACAAGGAAGAACUGAAACAACAAAUUACAACAGAGUGAAGUUGUUUGUCAACGAAAAGUAUAGGGAAAAAAGUAAAAAUAAUAAAAGAUGAAUAAACAAUUAAUGAUUUAAAUAAAUGAAUACAAUUUGUACAUUCCAUAAUAAGUUUGUUCACACCGCGCGGUCGGCCGCGUUGAUUUAAUCAAGGCACGAGGGAGCCAUUCACGAUUUAUAAUAGACGGUUUUGAGGAAGAAAAAACCUUUUCAUCGUCCACUUAAACGGAGUGCGUGUCGGGAUUCACCGUCGACGAGAGAAACCUUUGAAUAGAAAAAAAAGUAAAAUAAAAAUCGCGGAUACAUAGUCCGCCCAGCCGAUCGUUUGGGAGCUGAUGAUCGGAUGUGGCCAGUACUCGGAAACGCGUAUUAUUGUUACUUUCAAACCACAAUUACAACAACCGUGAUAAUUUUCGAUAACUUAUCAACUCGAAGAACGGAAAGUCGACGCGUCCGACCGGCACGUUAAUUAUUGACUGUCCAUAAUAUUUCUUAGCUAAACCGAUCCCGCAUGAUAUGAAAGUGAUUUUUUUCGUAUCAUCUAUUUUUCUCUUAUUUAUAUCUGUUAUUCUUGUUCUCUAAACGAAACAUAGAGUAUAUAGAUGACGGUAAUUGAUACAGAUUCGUUAACAUCAGGAAAUUUUUACAGCGAUUAUAAUAUCACAGCUGAUGCCGGAUAUGUAUGUACAUACAUUUCAUGCAUAAUAGUAGCAGCAGCUUAAUGGUUGUGUAUAAAAUAGAUAAUAAAUGAAAAUACCUUGUAUCUUGCGGGCGGAAAUACCGAGACGAAUAUCAUCCACUUUGUAACGCCGAUUCAUUCGCUCACUCGUUCGCUCGCUCACUCGCUCGCUUGCUCGCCGCAUUGUAAUUUUAUUUCACAUCGUUAAUAAAAUAAAUAAUCUCUUGUUCGGAGAAAAAAGAAUUUCAGAAGAGGAAAAUAUCAGAAAUAAGGGAAAGCUUGCGCCUCGAUAUAUCUUUAUGCGUGAUUCCAAUUGAAUACCUGCACAUAUAAUUAUAUUGUAUUAUUGUAUCAUGAAACAGCUUGAUUAUAAACGCGCUUAAGUACGAUUAUAUAUACGUAUAGUUUGUCAACCAAUAACCGAAACAUUUUUAAACAAACAUAGAUGAAUUAGAUGAAGAGAGAAAAUAAAAAAAAAAAAGAUCAAAUACUGCAGUUCGCUGUAACACCGCGAUUUUUACAUGUAUAUAUAAGACCCUGCACGUAAUAGUAUAUAAAUGUGUAUUUCUGCAUAUUGUUAUUGUUGUUAUUAUUAUUAUUAUCAUCAUCAUCAUCUAUUAUACACACAUAUAUAUAUUGAGGAAAAAACAUACAUAUAUGGAUAUAUAAAGGCCUAGGCUAGAUUAGGUUUCGCAUCACUACAAUUUAUACACUGUGUCGAACGAACGUAGAUGCAAAAUGCAGCAUAAGACUUGCAGUCUUCUGCAACACCAGACUGUGAAAAUAGCGUAUAUACAUACACAUAAUAUGUAUGAAGUGUUAAUGCAUAAACUAUACUCACAUACUAUAGGCGUAGAAGCGAGAGAGUGAGAGGGAGAGAGAGAUACAUAGAAACAAACAAACAAACAAACAAACAAGCAAACAAAAAAAAAUAAAAAUUUACAAACCGAGAAAAAGAGAGAGAGAGUGAGUGAGUGGCAAUAGUUAAAAAGUAUCAUAAACGAGCACUGGCAGAGGCAAUGAGAGGGAUUAAGUAUAUGUAAAAAAAAAAACAAAAAAAAUCAUUGAAAUCUGUGAAGACGAGUAGAUGAAAAAUGAAAAAAAACUUAAUAUCAAUUAUAUACUAUUUAAUAAACCCUUCGCCGCCCCUGCAGGGACAUUCUUCCAGUGUUAUACUAAUAGAUUCAUUGUUGAGUGCUGAAAGUGAUGAUCAAUAAUAAUAUUUAUGUUACAAUUUGUCCUCGAUGUUACAGAAAAAAACCGUGUUUAAUAAAAAUUUAAUUUGAACAAA